AUGGUGACCCCACGCAUUCGCCUCCAGCCCCUUCUGGGCCUGAUCGCUACUCAGGUCAAAGGCCCUGCAGAUUGCGAUCAGCGGGCAGUGGGCGCGGUGAAGGUGUCGGUGGGUGCUGCCAGCAUCCAGGUGGCGAGGGGAGGGAACGCGCUUCUGCCUUGCAACUUCCACACCACGGCCUCGCUGAGUCGCCUCAACAUCAUCUGGACGGUCACGCCGCUGGCGGAGCCAAACCGCCCCCAGCAGGUCCUGGCCUAUGAGCAGGGAGAGGUGGUGGAGAGUCUGUCCCAGUACACGGGCCGCGUGGGCUUCGCCUUCCCACCCGCCCAGAGUGCCACCAUCUUCCUCAACAAGACGCGCAGCUCGGAUAGCGGGACGUACCAGUGCAGCGUCAUGAACCCACCCGACCGGGACACGCCCAACAUCGGGGUCAUCCAACUCACCGUGCUCGUGCCCCCUUCCAGCCCCGAAUGCUCCAGCGAGGGGAGUGGGGAGGAAGGGGGGGACGUCCACCUGUCCUGUGCUGUGCGGGAAGGCGUGCCCGCCCCUACCUUCAGCUGGGAGAAGAUCCCCCCCGACAAGCAGCCCCUGGUGAUGAGCUACACAGAGGCGCGCCGGGCCCUGCUGACCCUGCAGAACCUGACGGCCGCCACCUCAGGCCUGUACCGCUGCACGGCCUCCAAUGCGCUGGGCUCCGGCUCUUGCGCCCUCCAGCUGCGUGUGCGCCUGGCCCCGCAGGGCAUGCUGGGCAUCGCGGUGGGUGUCACCGUCACCCUGACCAUGGGGCUGGUGCUGCUGGCUCUCCUAGCCCUGGUGCUCUGGUUGCACCACCAGAGCGUGCGGAAGUGGCCGGAGGAGGAAGUGGAGGAUUCGUACAAUGAGAUCAGAGUCGACAGCCUCUCACCGCGGCGUCUGCUCGUAGCCAAGACUCUCGCCAGCGACAUCCCCAUGGCCAACCAGGCUGCAAAGCCCCUCUGGAUCUUCACCAGCUCCACCCCCAACACCACCUACGCCAAGCGCCAGCGCGGGCUGGGCGAGGGGAGUCAGGCGGCACCGCCCGGGGGGCUGCGACAGCCAGUGUGGGCAGCGCCCCGGGGCAGGAGGAGGAGCAGCAGCAGCCUCUCCGAGGAGGGGUCCCUGCCAGGCAGCCAGGCAGAGGAGGAGCCAGCCUGGCACCCUUCGUGCCACCGAGAGCCAGCCCCAGCCAAGGCGCUUCCCCCCAAGCACCGCAGCUUCCUGGUCUAGGGGCAGCGGGUCCAAUGGGCACAGAACGUGGGGGCCGAUGCCGGCAGCCAGGUCUCCCUGGGCAGGCACAUUGGCCUCUGUGCACAUGCAGCAGCCUUGGGCCAAGCUGCUCCCACCCUGCCAUCAACCCCCCGCAGCCAGCCCCAUGUUCCUUGGC